AUUUCUCGAUUAGACUAGCGGUGGAAGUAGUGGCUCGUUUUGAAUUUCGACCUUUCCAACACACCAAAUUUGGUUUCUUCGUCAACUUUCUGCUUCAAUCUCCUCAUCAAUCGGAAUCAUCUCCUUCUGCAAAUUGAAAACUGAAAAUUCUCAAAAUCAAUUUAUUCAGUCCAUGGAUACAAGAAAUUCAAGAUCGAUGAAUUUGACAUCGCUCUUACUUGCGUUGAUAUUUAUCUCAAUCUCGAUAUCAGUCCAAGCAGGCGACAACAACCAUGUCUACUCCCCUUGUCGAGACACUAAAGUUCAGAGAGAUGAUGGUUUCUCUUUCGGCAUUGCUUUUUCGAGAAGUAAUUCUUUCUACCUCAACAACAAUUUUUCGAUCCAGCUUUCGCCUUGCGAUCGCCGCCUUUCACUCUCUGGAAAUUCUCAACUUGCGCUUUUUAGACCUAAAGUCGAUGAGAUCUCUCUUCUUACUAUAAAUUCUUCCUCCUUCAACCUGGACUCAGAUGGUACUUUUAUGGUAGCCUUUGCUGGAUCAAAAUAUGCUGCUAGAUCACCUCCUGUGUUUGUUGGAAAUAACUCCUAUGUAGUGACUGGUUUCACCCUGAUACUAGAAUUUAAACAAGGCCGACUACAAAAUUUGUUUUGGAAGAGGGACGGCUGUGCAUCAUGUCAUGGCAAGGGUAAGUCAGUUUGCCUGAAAAAACAGGUUUGUGCAAUUAAAAGGAAUGACUGCAAGGAUCAAGGUGGCACUAUAGAUUGCAGCCUUGGGAUUCAGCUGGCCUUUUCUGGUACAGACAAGCAUUAUACCGUUCUAAACUCCUGGUAUGAAGUAGGGAACCUUCGGCAAUAUUCGCUGUUUGGUCUGUAUAGCAAUUUCCGGAAGUCUAUCACUGAUCAAUUCAACAAAAUCUUCUGAUUCUGAUGUUUUGGUUUUUAUCGUGCACUCUGCAUAAAUUUAUGUGGUUUUUCUGCAGUUGAAAUGGCUUAGUUCGUCACCUAUUCAUUCCUUGAUCCUCUGUCACUUGUGUGAAAAUUUGUAUUUGUUUAUGUAAUUGUGUUUUAUGUUUACGGUGUAAAAUUUGAGUGAUGAGAUAUGAUUACAUUUUAGCUGCUUGAUGUACUGAAUCA